CUGGAGCCAAGGGCCUGGGAUGUUAAGGGAGAGGAAUCGCUCCGUGGGGCGGGGGAGCCAACAUUCCUUGUGUGCAGCCUUGUUGGUUUGUGCGUGGCAUCUGGCUUGCCCUCGUCCCUUUGGCCACGCGGCUCCCUGCUCUCAGCGUUUCUCCGCAGACCCAUAGGACAGUGUGCCUCGGUGGCGCUGAACUGCAGAUUGGCUGGCAGCCCACUGGCUUGUUGCCCACCUGGUGGGUCCCGCCCCCGGCACGGAUACCCGAAGCUCUCGCCUCGGCGCCUGCUUCGCGGAGCCCGGGUCUCCCGCUCCAGUCGUCCCCCAGCCACUUUGCUGCGCCCUGGCGCCAUGGCCACCUCAUCUGCGCGGCCUUCGGUCCUGGCCCUGGUCGGGCUGGCGCUGCUCCUUCUGCUGUGCCUGGGUCCAGGUGGCAUAAGUGGAAACAAGCUCAAACGGAUGCUCCAGAAACGAGAAGAACCUGCCCCAGCCAAGACUAACGUGGCUGUGUCUGAGCAUACAGCAAAGGAGUUCCUGGGUGGCCUGAAGCGUGCCAAGCGGCAACUGUGGGACCGCACCAGGCCUGAGGUGCAGCAGUGGUACCAGCAGUUCCUGUACAUGGGUUUUGAUGAGGCGAAAUUUGAAGACGAUGUCAACUAUUGGCUAAACAGAAAUCGAAAUGGACAUGACUACUACGGUGACUACUAUCACCGACAUUACGAUGAAGACGCAGCCAUUGGUCCCCGCAGCCCGGAAAGCUUUAGGCAUGGAGCCAGUGUCAACUAUGACGACUAUUGACCUCCCUUGCUGAGGUGGCACAGAGCAUGCACAUUGCUUCAGUAGGCCUCCUCCACCCACACGGUGUGAACACCAAGGGCUAAAGGAAGGAAUAUAAGUGCCUUUCACAUUUCACGCAUGCGCUUAACAAUGCCUCGGUUAAAAAUAGAAAUAAAAGCACUUUUGAAAAAGAGAAGUAUCAGAAUUCACUUGGGAGAAAAUUGAGCCAUGACAAUUCUAAUUGCCUCCGGGUUUGAAGUUGGCACACCAUCUGAGGGCCUCUAUAUUUCCUUCUAGGAAUCCUGUCAGCAUCCAGGCAGGGCAGGAGUGAAAGCCAGGGGUCUCUGUUUGUCAAAAUGCAGUCUGUGCUAAAUGCAAAAUAUUGACUCAGUAGGAAAAUCCAGUUGGCAAUGGCUUUUAGUUUUGGACACAACUUGAAGAACUCUAAUUACCGGACAGGCAGUGGGGGGUGGGGGCUUUCUCUGCUCUGGGCUGCAGGCCAGAGCAAGGCCUUUUCAGCAUACCGUGCAGGAAAGAAAAGGACGUAAA